ACAAACGAAGGAAACUGUAUUUGGGGGGCUUUUCCUCUCGCGCAUGGACACUGGGGUCUUUUAUAAAUCCCUGCUUAUAUCCCGCCGGUCCUCGCCGGAGGGAAGCAAUGGCAGGAAAUGACGGCUUGUCUGCUCACCGUUUCCUCGACCCUUUAGUCUGAAUAAUAUUUUUUUCCAGUCGAUCAAAACCAGCAGGACUGUUUUUCCUUCGUGGCUGUAACUCCCGGGACACAGGGAACGCCGGGCGGCGCGCCGUUUAUUUCUUCAUGGAGGCGAUAAAAGACGCAGAACUUCCAAAAAAUAAAAAAAAUAUACGCCCCUGGCUGGAACCAUGAAAAUGGUUCAGAAAGCAAACGUUUGUCCCGGACGGACCAGCAACGCUUCUGUGAUUAAAAAGGGCCCCCACCGGAUGGAGCUGAGGAACGGAGGGCCGCAGCUUCUGGAUCCCAGCUUCCAGCAGCAGUUGGAGAGCUCCCGGGAUCAGCUGAAACGGGAGAUCCAGCGAGAGCUAAAGAUUAAGGAAGGCGCUGAAAAUCUCCGCAAAGUGUCCACGGAUAAGAAGCACCAGGGCCACGUGGAAAGCCAGCUAAGGACUUCCAACCGGCGCCUCCAGGAUCUUCACCGCCAGCUGCAGGAACUCAAUGGAAGGAUCGUUAUCCUGGAUAAGGAUUGCAAACAAGAUGGCACGGUGUCUCCAGACCCCUGUAUUUGGGAUCAUAGUUCGGACCCCAAGCAACGGAGGGUAGAAGCCCUGAAGAGACAGUUACACAUUGAACACAAGGUUAAGCAGGGGGCAGAAAACAUCAUCCAGAUGUUUUCCAACGGAACGUCUAAGGACCGGAAGCUCCUGGCCACGGCUCAGCAGAUGCUCCAGGACAGCCGGAUAAAAACCGAAUUACUCCGCAUGCAGAUAGUGAAGCUGACGCAGGCCCCUGGCUCGAUGUCUGAGGGCCUUGACCAGGCCGCAUCGCUCUCUCCGUUGGAACUGCGGGUGGAAGAACUGCGGCAUCAUCUACGCGUGGAGGCUGCCGUGGCCGAAGGGGCCAAAAACGUAGUGAAGCUGCUGGGUGGCCGUAGGGUGCAGGAUCGUAAAGCACUGGCUGAAGCACAGUCCCGGCUGCAUGAGUCCUGCCAGAAGAUUGACCUCCUGCGGCUGUCCUUGGAACGGUGUCUCUCAGAACUGCCAUCUGGACACCCAAAACACCAAAUCAUCAAGCAGGAACUGCAAAGCUGCCCGUCCGGAGGAGGAAUGUGGGGCAAAAGCUCGGGUCUAAGCCAGCCCUUAAUCUCUUUCAUUAAACCUACCGCACUAACUGGCACCCUGGAGAUCCAUGUCUUGGGCUGCCAGGAUCUUCUGGAAUCCGUCCCCGGUCGCUCUCGGAUGACCCCAUCCCACGGCAGUCCCAACGAGUCCAAGAACUUCAUUCGAUAUCGGGCCGGGGGGAGUACCCACGGACGUGGGGGUUCCGGGCGCUACUUGCGGUCGGAUGAACUCUGCAGAGACGUAAUGUGUGUUUUGAAAGUUGAUAAUAAACCCGCCACGCAGACAAACUGGGGACCUGUUCAUAACCAGUGCUGGGACCAGAGAUUCACCAUUGAGCUGGAAAGGUCACGGGAGCUCGAAAUAUCCGUGCAUUGGAGAGAUUGGCGUGAACUCUGCGCCGUGCGUUUCCUGCGCUUGGAGGAUUUCCUAGAUAAUGAGCGUCAUGGAGUGUGCCUGCAGCUCGAACCCCAGGGGAUGCUGUUUGCGGAGAUCAUGUUCUGUAAUCCUGUGAUUGAGAGGAGGGGAAAGGUGCAGAGGCAGAAGCGAAUCUUUCCUAAGCAAAAAGGGAAGGAUUUCCUACGGGCCACGCAGAUGAACAUCAAUUUUGCCACAUGGGGCCGGCUGAUGAUGAGCAUCUUACCUCCGUGCAGCUCCAUGGCGACACUGAGCCCCCCGCUUCCCGCGCACACCUCUCAGACCCCGUCUGCAAACUCUAGAGAUUUCCCUGUUAAAAAACUACUUUUCAACGAAGACCCUGCCAUGAAGCCCCCUCCUAAGCCUCCACGUUUGUACCUACAAGGUGAAAGUGAAAAGCCCCCGGCGGUGGCCGACACUCCAGUCCACUCGAUGGAGAAGAGCAUGAAGCGGAUUCAUGUGGAGCAUGGCGGCGUCCCCAGCCCAACAGAGCCCAGUAAAUGUCACAGAAGAAAGGCUCUGCAGCUGGAAGACUUCUCUUGUGUAGCUGUGCUGGGGAAGGGGCACUUCGGAAAGGUGCUUCUGGCUGAAUAUAAGGCUACGGGAAAAUUAUAUGCCAUCAAAGCCCUGAAGAAGCGCGACAUCGUGAGCAGGGAUGAGUUUGAAAGUCUGCAGUGUGAGAAACGGAUCUUCGAGGUAGUGAACUCUUCUGGACAUCCUUUCCUUGUCAACAUGUUUGCAUGCUUCCAGACCCCAGAACACGCGUGCUUUGUGAUGGAAUACAUGCCGGGGGGAGACUUAAUGAUGCAUAUACACUCCAAUGUAUUCAGCCAGCCAGCUGCAAGUUUCUACUCCGCCUGUGUGGUGUUGGGCCUCCAGUUCCUCCAUGAGAAGAAAAUUAUAUACAGAGACCUGAAGUUGGACAACCUGCUGAUGGAUGCCAGAGGCUUUGUGAAGAUCGCCGAUUUCGGGUUGUGUAAGGAAGGAAUGGGAUACGGGGACAGAACGAACACAUUCUGUGGCACCCCUGAAUUCCUGGCUCCGGAGGUCCUCACCGAGACGUCGUACACUUAUGCCGUGGACUGGUGGGGGCUCGGUGUCCUGAUCUAUGAAAUGCUGGUAGGGGAGUGUCCGUUCCCCGGGGAUAAUGAAGAGGAGGUGUUUGACAGUAUUGUGAACGAAGAGGUUCGGUAUCCCCGAUUCCUGUCCAGCGAAGCCAUCAGCAUCGUACGGAAGCUUCUGAGGAAAUCGCCGGAACGCAGACUGGGGGCUGGAGUCGGGGAUGCAGAGGAGAUAAAACCUCAGCCUUUCUAUCAGGGGAUUGACUGGGAUGCCCUCUACACACGGAAGGUAAAACCGCCCUUCGUUCCAUCUCUGAAGGACCCGUUAGACAUCAGGAACUUCGAUGAAGAAUUCACAGGACAGAAACCAGUGCUUUCCCCGUCCGAUGACCCUCGCCCCAUAGCGGCAGUUGAUCAGAUCCUCUUCCACGGCUUUGACUUCGUCUCUGAGCAUUUACUAGCCGAGUGAAACCUGUAAGAGGGUCAGGUCUUGCACAUCCGAGUCUCUUAGGGUACUUGAUCGUAUGUGAUGUUUUGAACGCUCCAACAGAGGUUCGUUCUAUUUAGCUGAGAGCUGCAGGUUUUCAAGUUCAGAUCACUGGGAUCAGCAAUGAUGGCAAAAAAUGAAGGACCUUCAAUUGGGCUACCUCUACCGUAUUCUUCCUGGAAGUUGUGCACGUCUGGGCACUUAGGGGGUUAAUAUCACAUGCAAAGCAACACCGCGCUGUUAAUGUCACCAAAGAACAAAGAGCCCUUUGUCUCCACGCUACUGAAUCCGAUGGAGGAUUAUAGAUUAUUAGGUUCCUUACGUCAGGUUUGUGCCUUAAAUUUAUUUAUAAAUUAAAUUAAAAACACACUUUU